AUGUUAAAGAAAUUGGAAGUACAUGGUCAUGGUGUGCAAAAUCCUAGAAGUUGGGACGAGGCGCCUUGUUGGAGCAGUCCAGAACAAUUGAAACCAUUGAUAGAUCAACUUGGAAGAGUGAAGGACUUGACUGUUCCUGAAUUUGGAAGCCGUCAAGCUUGGGAACUUCAGAAUGCUGCUGGUCGAGCAGCUAAUGGAGAUCAUGGGAAUGAUCCUUCUAAAUCUUCACAAGGGUGGCCAUUUGGUGGAACGCCUAUGCCCUAUGUUGGAGAGACAAAGGAGAGUGGAUUGAGGUUCAAAAAUUCGAAGAAGAAAGCAGCUGCCAAGAAGAAAAAUGCCCGUAGUAAGAAAUAA